UCAGCGCAUGCGCAGACGCGCAGGGGCGGCGGGAUGGCUGAGGAGAAAAUGGAAAUCGCUGCUCCUCCAACGUCCAAGUGCAUCAUUUACUGGAAGAGGAAAGUCAAGUCUGAAUACAUGCGGCUCCGGCAGCUCAAGAGGUUCCAGGCGAACAUGGGAGCGAAGGCUCUGUUUGUGGCCAACUUUGCGAAGGUUCAUGAGAAGACUCAGAUCCUGAAUGAAGACUGGAAGAAGCUCCGUGUGCAGCCGGUGCAGCUGAUGAAGCCCGUCAGUGGGCACCCGUUCCUCAAGCAGUGUACAGUUGAGAGCAUCUUCCCAGGGUUUCCCAGCCAGACGCUGUACAUGAGGACCCUGAACACGGUGGCACUGGUGCCCAUUAUGUAUUCCUGGUCCCCUCUUCAGCAGAACUUCAUGGUGGAGGAUGAAACUGUUCUGUGCAAUAUCCCUUACAUGGGAGAUGAGGUGAAGGAAGAAGAUGAAACUUUCAUUGAAGAACUUAUUAACAACUAUGAUGGGAAAGUCCAUGGAGAGGAAGAAAUGAUUUCAGGGUCAGUCCUCAUCAGCGAUGCUGUGUUCCUGGAGCUGGUGAACGCCCUCAAUCAGUACUCGGAUGAGGAAGAGGAAGGACACAAUGAUUCCGAGGUGAAACAGGAGGAUGGGAAAGAGGAGCUGCCAGUCACAAGGAAAAGAAAACGAAUUGCAGCGGAAGGUAACAAGAAGUGUUCCAAGAAGCGCUUUCCGAACGACAUGAUAUUCACUGCUAUUUCCUCUAUGUUUCCUGAAUACGGCUUCCCAGAGGAUAUGAAAGAGAGGUACCGGGAGCUCACGGAGGUGUCGGACCCCAACGUGCUGCCGCCGCAGUGCACCCCCAACAUAGACGGGCCCUGCGCGAAGUCGGUGCAGCGGGAGCAGUCCCUGCACUCCUUCCACACCCUCUUCUGCCGCCGCUGCUUCAAAUACGACUGCUUUCUGCAUCCUUUUCAUGCUACUCCUAAUGUGUACAAACGAAAGAAUAGAGAGACCAAGAUCGAGCCAGAUCCUUGCGGAGCAGACUGUUUCCUCUGGCUGGAAGGAGCCAAGGAGUUUGCUGCUCUGCACAACCCCAGGUCCAAGUGCUCAGGCCGGCGCCGCCGGAGGCACCACGUGGUGGGUGCUUCCUGCUCCAGCACCCCAGCUUCUGCCCUCACCGAGGCGAGGGAGGGCGACAGCGACCGAGACACGGGCAACGAGUGGGCUUCCAGCUCCUCAGAGGCAAACUCCCGCUGCCAGACACCCACCAAGCAGAAGCUGAGCCCGGCCUCCUCCCAGCUCUUUGCGGUGGAGACGCCGCAGGAGCCCGUCGAGUGGACGGGAGCAGAGGAGUCGCUCUUCCGUGUCUUCCAUGGGACCUACUUCAACAACUUCUGCUCCAUUGCCAGGCUGCUGGGAACAAAGACCUGCAAGCAGGUCUUUCAGUUUGCAGUGAAAGAAUCGCUUAUAACCAAACUGCCAACAAACGAAUUAAUGAAUCCAUCCCAGAAGAAGAAAAGGAAGCACAGGCUGUGGGCUGCGCACUGCAGGAAGAUUCAGCUGAAGAAAGACAAUUCGCCUACCCAGGUGUACAACUACCAGCCUUGUGACCACCCCGAGCACCCCUGUGACAGCUCCUGCCCUUGCAUCAUGACUCAGAAUUUCUGUGAGAAGUUCUGCCAGUGCAACCCUGACUGUCAGAACCGCUUCCCGGGCUGCCGCUGUAAAACCCAGUGCAACACCAAGCAGUGCCCGUGCUACCUGGCUGUGCGGGAGUGCGACCCGGACCUCUGCCUGACCUGCGGCGCUUCGGAGCACUGGGACUGCAAGGUGGUCUCCUGCAAGAACUGCAGCAUCCAGCGGGGUCUCAAAAAGCAUUUGCUGCUGGCACCGUCGGAUGUCGCUGGCUGGGGGACCUUCAUCAAGGAAUCUGUGCAGAAGAACGAGUUCAUCUCCGAGUACUGUGGUGAGCUUAUCUCACAGGAUGAGGCUGACCGGCGAGGGAAGGUCUAUGACAAGUACAUGUCCAGCUUCCUCUUCAACCUCAACAACGAUUUCGUUGUCGAUGCCACCCGCAAAGGCAAUAAAAUCCGCUUCGCCAAUCACUCGGUGAACCCCAACUGCUAUGCCAAAGUGGUGAUGGUAAACGGAGACCACCGGAUCGGGAUCUUUGCCAAGAGGGCGAUCCAGGCAGGAGAGGAGCUCUUCUUCGAUUACAGGUACAGCCAGGCUGAUGCCCUGAAGUAUGUCGGCAUAGAGAGGGAGACAGAUAUCAUCUAGGCUCCGUGUGGGGCAGUCCCUAGCCCACCCUGCUGCUGCACCCUGUAAGCAAUGCCAUGUUUGCUUCACGCUGACAUGACUGCUGCUCUUCCCCUUGCUGAGUGUGUCACAAAUGCUACUUCCCACCCAGAGAGAGACUCGGGGCAGGAGUGUGAGUGGCUGCUGCCAGGGGCAGCUUUGCCAGCACUGGGCAGGGGCAGGCGCUGGAGCUCUGCUCUACUCACCCAGGCUGGAGGGAGCCAUGGGCCGAGGCUGGGGCUUGAAGCAAAGUUGUGCUGGAGGAGCAGAGACAGCCACAAGGUCUCUGUCCGUUUUCCAUUGACUGCUGGAAGCACAAGAGCGAGCGUGGUACCACCCGCACCGAGACCAGCCCUGUCCCCUGGGAUAGGCUCCAGUCUCAGGUGCCUCCUCUCGCUGCUCAUUUUGCCCCGUUGAUGGGGACAGCGAGAGGGUUGAAGCCAUAGAGAUGUGGCCGCAGCAGGGCCUGGACUGCUGUGGCUGAGGCUGUUUCCCCUCUGCCCCAGCUGGCUGGGGGACGGGGACCAGCUCCCCACGGGUGAUGCGAUUCAAGGGGAUGGGGAGAGCAGCACUAUGCAAAAAGUCACUUUGGGUAGUGGAAUACCACUGAGCUGGUUGGAGACGAUGUUAUGGGAAUGCUGCUGCCAGCGCGAGAGGCUGGAGGCAGCAGAGCCCCAGGAGCCUGAGGAUGCCCUUUGGCGUGUCCAGGUGGUUGUUGGCUCAUACUGGGGCUGGCGCACAGAUGCCUCUGCCCAGAGGUCUGGGUCCUCCCUCCUCUGGUAGGACAGUCCCUGUUGGAGGAGCAUGGGCCUGGCCCUGGGGAUAAAGGGGAAACGUUCUCUGAAGGGUGAGGUUUGGCCUUAGCACCACAUGCAAAAAGAAAAAGCAAAGCACUUUAAACUGCUCCUCCCGGCCAGCAGCCGUGUCCUGUCUGUGCUCUGAGGGUGCAGGGACCACAGAGGGCUGAGAUUGCUGCUCUGCAGCUCCAUUGCAGGGAUGUUGGGAUGGGGUUAUUGGGCAGAGCCCCCCGUCCCUUUGUGGGGGUAGCAUUUGGGGGCACUGCAGAGCUUGAGCGGUGCUGGGUCCUUGCCUGGCACCUUGGGGGAACCUUGGAAUCCCCAUGGCGCCGCUCAUCCCUGCCGCUGUGGUCCAUGGAUGGAGCGAGGUGCUGGGUCUGCCCCAGGAGCCAAGCCCUGCCCCGCAGGCUGCCUGGCUGUCCGUCCUUGUGCUGUCCACGCUGCCCUCCUGAGGCUCGGAGGGGUCUGGGUCUGUCUGGAGCAGUGCUUGUAGAUGCCAGCGCCCGCCUGCGCCUGCCCGGCUCCCCCCGCCUCUGCUCUCAGCUCAGCGCCCUCGCCACUUUGGCCACAUCUGCACUAGGCCAGGCUUGUGUCUGUGGUUUGUGGACAGUGGAUAACGAUGAUGCACUUUACAAAUAACGUGGCUUGUAGCCUUUGUCAUAAUAAAGUGGUAGCAAACCCCCCC